AUGUCAUUCACACUAGUAACAACAUUCCUGGCCCUUCUUGUAAUAGUUCACAUAGGAGCUGAUUCAGCAGCACCUGAUGACGUUGGGUUCAUCUAUGAAGGAUUUCAAUCAUCAAAUCUAAGCCUGGACGGCAUAGCCAAAAUUACCGACAAUGGCCUCUUAAGGAUAACCAACAUCACCAAGUUACAAAUGGGGCAUGCCUUCUAUCCUGAUCCCAUCAAUUUCAAGAGCGCGUCUAAUGGCCCAGCUUUCUCUUUUUCCACCCAAUUUGUGUUUGCAAUAUUGCCUGAAGUCUCAGGCCUGAGUGGUCAUGGAAUGGCUUUCGUGAUCGCACCAACAAGAGGCCUCCCAGGAGGGCUUCCCACACAGUUCCUUGGCCUCUUCAAUGAUAGCACCAAUGGAAAUGCAAGUAAUCAUGUUUUCGCGGUGGAGCUCGACACUAUCCAAACCCAUGAGUUUAACGAUAUCAACGACAACCAUGUUGGAAUUGACAUUGACUCCUUGUUUUCUACAGCAUCGCAGCCAGCAAGUUACCGAGAUAAUAACAAGAAUUCAUUUGACAACUUAACUCUUAGUAGUGCGCAGCGGAUGCAACUCUGGGUGGAAUAUGAUGGGGAGAGUAAGGUAAUCAAUGUUACAUUAGCUCCAAUUGCAGCGGCUAAACCAAAUACUCCUCUUUUGUCAUUGUCAUAUGAUCUUUCGCCUAUUCUACGGCAAACCAUGUAUGUUGGCUUCUCCGCAUCUACUGGUUCACUAGCAGCAGCUCAUUUUGUACUGGGAUGGAGCUUCAAGAUGAAUGGUGUUGCUCAAGCACUUGACCUCUCUCGACUUCCCAAGCUACCUCGAUUUGGACCCAAGAAGGUAUCGAAAUUUUUUACUGUAGGAUUGCCACUAAUUUGCACAUUUUUGUUGUUGCUCGUAAUAUCUGGAGUAGCUUAUCAUCUAAGGAGGAAGUGGAAGUUUGCAGAGGUGAUGGAAGAAUGGGAGCUUGCCUAUGGACCCCAUAGAUUUAAGUAUAAAGACUUGUACAUAGCCACCAAAGGUUUUAGAGAAAAGGAGCUGCUGGGGGCAGGGGGAUUUGGCAGGGUCUACAAAGGAGUAUUGCCUACUAACAAGAUGGAAGUUGCUGUCAAGAAGGUAUCUCAUCAAUCAAGACAGGGAAUGAGAGAAUUUAUUGCAGAAAUCAUCAGUAUUGGUCGCUUACGCCACCGAAACUUAGUACCCCUCUUGGGCUAUUGUCGGCGUAAAGGAGAGCUACUUUUAGUAUAUGAAUUUAUGUCCAAUGGUAGUCUUGACAAAUUUCUCUACAAUCAACCCAAGUCCACCCUUAACUGGAGCCAGAGACUUCGAGUCAUCAAAGGCGUAGCGUCUGGAUUAUUCUAUCUACAUGAAGAAUGGGAGCAAGUAGUCAUUCACAGAGAUGUCAAAGCCAGUAAUGUAUUGAUAGAUGCUGAAUUGAAUGGAAGAUUAGGAGAUUUUGGCCUCGCGAGGCUAUACGAUCAUGGGACUCUCCCUCAAACCACCCACGUAGUAGGAACUAUUGGAUACCUUGCCCCUGAGCACAACAGAACAGGUAAGGCCACAACUAGCACUGAUGUAUAUGCUUUUGGGGCCUUUUUACUAGAGGUUGCCUGUGGUAGAAGGCCAAUAGAUCCACAAGCACCAGAAGAGGAUGUGAUAUUGGUUGAUUGGGUAUUCUCGUGCUGGAAAGCAGGUGAUAUUCUCCGGGCAGUUGAUCAAAAUCUGGGCACUGAGUAUGUGAAGGAAGAGGCAGAAUUGGUGUUGAAGCUAGGCUUGUUAUGCUCUCAUUCAGAACCUAGCAUUAGGCCAAGUAUGCGGCAAGUUCUGCUGUAUUCGGAUGGAUCAGUUCUGCUACCAGAGUUGUCAUCACUUGGCAUUUCUGCUGUUGGUCUGGGGUUCGCCAAUCCUGGUAGCUCCGAUGGAAUUUCCUCCUCGUUGUCUUCCAUGGACAAGGGCUUUUCACAUACUGUAACUGAAUCUAUUCUCUCUGGUGGUAGGUGAUCAAGAAGCAAAUGUUUCUGGUUUUAAAAAUGUUAUUCGAUAUUAUGUUCAAAGAGUAAGUUUGAUUUUGUAAUU